UUCUCUCUUUCUCUCUUUUCUCUGGCAAUUAAUUCAGUUUUCUGUCAUAUUUUCUGUUCACAAGCUUUGGUAUUCAAUGAACCGAGGUUUGUAAUAACAGCAAUCCUUCUGUUUGGUUGGUAAAACAAGCAAUAUCCUCACCUCUAGAUGUUCCUUUCCAUCAGCAACUGAUACAGGGUGUAUGGAGUUCUUCCUCUGGGUGUUCUAGAAGGGUAUAUUUUGUAUGGAAGAAAGGAGCAUCAUAGAGACAGGACAGGACAGAUUUGAAGUGAUUAAUUGGUUGUGGUUGAUUUUGGAUUUUGUUUCCUUGUAUCCAAAUUAAAGGCAAAGUGCCAUUAAUUUCCUCUGGGCAGAAACAGGUGCUAUGAAACUGCCCUGGCGGAGUCACAGCACAGUUUUAUUUCAGCAAAGAGGAUGCUUUUCACACUGCCUUUCCCACAACGUGUGCAGUGAGAUAGGACCCUCGCCUCUUCCUGAAUUCAGUGCGAGGAAGCCUCCAGACAUCCCGGCAAGCUGAUUUCGUGGGUUGGAGCAGAGCUGCGGAGGGGUGCCAGCCUUUCAGGAGCUGUGGAGUUGUUUUGGCUGCCCUGCUGGAUCCACCCAGCUGGCGCUGCGUGAUUCUUUGCAGUGUCACAGAAGGACUUAAAUUCAUUUGUAGUCUGUGUUCUCAGGCUAAAAUACUGCCUAUGCACAGAGAUAUUUCCUUAAGGGCCUUUUAGCCUCUUACAUAUUCAGCACUUGCUUUUGACAUAUGUUUGUAAAAAAUCUCAGUCAUUUUCUAUUUGCAGAAGCAUCAGCAAAAAGGAGAGGACUGCGUUUUGUGUUUUGCACCUUGACAUGAUCAGUUCUGUGUUGUACCCUGCACAUCCACGCUGCGUAACACAAGCAAAACACCAGAUGAUUUCACCGAUACAGAGGGCUGUCAAAUCCGAUCACCGAUGCUGAGCCCUGUUUGCACCUAAUCUUGCCCUGCACCUCCUGGUGCUGACAAGGAGCCGUGUAUGCACAGCCUGUCCCUUACACCCCACCAGCAUCCCCACGUGCAACACUUCACACAGAAACAGCAGCCUUUUCUGGUUCUUGGACACCCACCUCACUCACGCUGGCUGUGGCCUGCAUUUCCCUGGCCCACCUGGAAAUGCAGGUGAUGGUGGGCAUGCUUUUGGCACCACGAUGACCGGCAGAACAGAAACGUCGCCGGCAGAGGUGCCUGUGGCAUCUUGCAGAGCCCUCUGUGAUGUUUCUUUAGGGAAGCUAUCUGCAGUUGUGCCAGCGUGCUCCCUGAGUCACUCAAAUCAUUCACCUGUGGUCGCAUGUUUCACUUGGAGAAAUGACUCACGUGUUUCCUUCGAAGGACACCCCACUCCAGCGGAGUUUUCCUGGGCAGAGGUAAAACACAGCACUUAUCAGAGGCCUCAGACAGAGCCACAAGGACUGCCAGAAAUGGGGCCAAGCCCCCCAUGGAGGGGCAGGGUGGGAGGACAGCACGGGAGGAUUCACCACCAGCGUGCCCCACUGUGGCUCCUCUCCCACCAGGCUGGAGAGCUGCAGCCCCUCAGCCCCACCACGCUUCCUGGCCAAGAACAAGAGACCGUCGCUCGAGCAGGGCGAUGUGGGUGGGCAUACAGGAAACACCCAGCUGCCAACCCUCAGCUCGCCGCCUCCUCGGAACAGGAACCGGGGUUUCCUGGAGACAAGGGCAAACACAGCACAGCCACCGCCGGCCGGGAGGGAGCUGCUGACCCCUCUGCCCGGCAGCAACAUGCUACACAGGAGAGACGUGUCCCCUGCUCCCGGCCCCGGAGACAAGACGCGGCGGCUGGAGGAGCGGCUCUCCAGCCAGGAGAGGACCACAGCCUUCCUCCUCCACCAGGUCUUCCGAGUCAAGGACAACAUCGUCUCGUACCUCCAGGAGAGCUCGGGUUAUCAGCACAGGGAGACUGCUGCCCGGCAGCUGUUGGAAAACCACGUCCAGACCAUUGCAGGCAUGGUUCAGAAGCUCAGCCAGGACAUAGAGGUUUUGGAGAGGCAAAUAAGAACAAGGGAUGGUGCCACAGUGCAAACUAAUUUUGCUGUUCAAAACCUGGACCAUAAAUACAUCCAGAGUCUUGGAGACCUGCGUGGAAGAGUGGUAAGAUGUGAGGCAAGUAUUGCAAAGCUAUCAGGAGACAUCAACAUUAUCAGGCGUGAGGUCCAGAAGAUCGAUAAGGAGAUUUACAGCCUUCACUCUACCCUCAAGUAUUCUGUGAGUGGCUUUGAGAAGAUGGUAAUGCAGCUGUUAGGCAAGAUGGAGACUUCCAACUCUGAUCAAAGCUCAAAUUUAAAGACAGUCCAGGGAGAUCAACACCACAAAUUGCAACUUCUGGAUUUCAAGUUGACAAGCAUUCUAAGUGACUUCAAAGAUCAGAUGCAGCAUCAGCAGAAGUGGACAGAAGCGCAGCUGACACGCUCUGAAGACCAAGCCCAGCACAGGCACCAGCUGCUGAAUGCGAUGAAGGACAGGCUGGAAGCGGCAGAAAAGAAAAUAGAGGAAAAGCUUCUGCUUCUGUCACUAAAGCUAGAACAUACAGAGAAACCGGAGAAAUACAAACAACAGUUGAACCAGAUGAGAAGUGAUGAAAACAACCUGCACACAAGAAUCACCAGAUUUGAAAGACAGAUCUGGAAGGAGCUUGAGGAAAUCCAAAAUGAAUACAGAUCAGGAUUUCAAUCUAUUCAUGAGUCUCUGGAGCUGCUCAAACAAAUACAGAACACAAAGCUGAAGCUUGAAAAAAAGAAGAUUCAGAAAGACACUCGAAGAUACAAAGCAAGUGACCUCCCAUAAGAAUGAACUCCAAAAGCAAAUCCUUAUCAACACUUGCAGGUGCUCUCUCCAGUGAGAAGCAUAGCUGGAUUAAAAGAAGCAGUCUUUAGACACACCCACCUUUGUUUUCCCCUGUCCCUGCAGGGUGUUCUUGUGACUUAUCACAUUGCGCAGACACAAAAAUAACAGCUCUGUAAAACUAACAGUCAUUUCAUAUCAAUUUCACAAUAAAAAGUACAUGAUUUUU